CAGUCAUUUUACACACAUGCCCCGUCAGGGCAGGCGCCUCAUCUCGUCGCAGCGAGGCCUGCACACGCUCGCUGCGGGACGCUCGCAGGUGCUGCUUGCGCGCCUUCUGGGUGGACGCCGCCGCGACGACAGCUGCAGAGGCAGCAGGCUUCGACGCUCACCACAGAAAGGCUCGUCAUGGCCCGGCGCUCCAGCGUUCGCGGCUCUCCCGCCAUCACGAGGGCUGCGAGCAAAUUUCGCCUAGCCGGCGUCCACCUCAGCAGCGAGUGCUCGCUCCAGCGGCGUCGCCCGCCACCAGGUCGACGUCCUGGAGCUCUCGUGGUGCUGGCCCAGGCUGUCCUGGCGUCCAGGACAAAGAACUGCCACGGCGAACCGUGGCUGCUGCCCGGCCACCGCUUCGAGCGCCCUCACUCGCUGGGGCCGGCUGCAAGCGAUGUGCAGCGGAAAUGCUACUGCACUUCGAACCAUCUCAGAUCAUCUUGGCACCAUGCCGCAUCCCGCGAACGCUCGCUCGCCGCGGCUCAGCCAUGGUUGUCGCGGGUCGCCGCGGCUGCACUGGUGGUGAUGAGGAUCAGCCAGACUGUCACUCGAGCCGCACAUGACCCAGACGAGGCCACAGCAUGCCGAACCACCACCGCACCGCCGUUGCUACGGCGUCCGAGGGCUGCAUCAACGAGCCCUGCGCUAGCCCCUUUGGGUCUGCUCAUUUGCAUUCCAUCCGCAGUUCGCGACCAAUGGACAGCCGAGCCCGCCAUGCAGCGCUACCGCGACCGCAGCCACGCAGGGGUCCAUGAUCCUUACCCCGACCGUGAGGCGGCCGACAAGCGUCUGAUUGCCACGCAGAAACAGGAUGCGAUAGACGAAAUGCGGAGAAGAUGGCGAAAGAGCAUGCUGAUCUGCUUGCGUGAUCCGAAUCCGAGUGAACUGUCUGUCCUCUCUGCAAUGCCCUUUGGCCAUCCUAGGCUCACUUCUGCACCAGCGCGCCACGUCGGAGCAAAAUCUUGCAGACAUCUCGUGGAAGCUUCGGUAUCCCGGCGAGACUUUGAGCGGCCGUGAUCGUCUUGACCAUAACAAUCAGCCGCUAGAUACCGUGACGUCUCUUAUCGUGCACCGUCUGACCCGCUUGGUCCUCUUGUCCCCGCCGGCGAAGCGAAUUACCAAGAGCCCAAACAUCCCUCAGUGGCGCCGCACGUCAGAUGCCAC